CAUAAAAGCGUAACUGUCAACGGAGAUUGUUCUCCGCUAACAGUUUUCUUGGGUUUGAAUCCAUAACAGACGAUGAGUUAAAUUACAAACCAUAAAGCCUACACUGUCUGCAAGUAAAUAUGGAAGUACUAGGGGGGUUAGAUGAGGAGUUUAAAAGUUUUUACCCGUCUGCCUUCGGGGCGCACUCAAGCCGGUCUGCGUCAGGAACUCCCGUGUUCUCUUCAGCGGAACGGCCGACUUCUAUAAACUCCGAGUCUCUUACUCCUUACGUUUCUUUUCCAGCCCAUAUUGGCACAAGUUCCUCAGUCACUUAUGGAUGUAAUUUCGGAAACAGUUGUUAUGGCUGCAAAGUACCACAGAACGCCGUGUUUCCGCCUAGUGUGGUGAAACAAAAUGCGAAUGGACAGUAUGCCAGUAAACCCGUGGAUUAUGCUGAUGCCUCCAGCUGGUUUAAGGAGUUCGCUCUUUACCAAGGUUAUUCCUACUCAAGAACCCCUGCCUAUAUUGAUUUACCUGUAGUUCAUAGAACAUUGACCGGAUAUCCUAGACAUGAGACUUAUUUGUCAAUGGAAGACCACCAGCCAUGGGACUGGUCAAACAAUUGCAGCAGUCAACUUUAUUGCUCCAGAGACCAGACGCAGAGCCCGCAUAUCUGGAAACCAUCAUUAGCAGAGGCAACAGCGGUUUCAGUCUGUCAGCGCGGGAGAAAGAAACGGGUUCCUUACACAAAACUGCAGCUGGAAGAACUCGAGCGUGAAUACACCAACACUAAGUUCAUUACCAAGGAGAAGAGACGGCGGAUUGCUGCUUCUACCAGCCUGUCUGAAAGACAAGUAACUAUAUGGUUUCAAAACCGUCGAGUCAAGGAUAAGAAGAGACCUGAGGACCUAAAAGAAUUUUAAUCCUGUUAAAGAUUAAUUCAUAAAAUUGCUGAUUUACAUAGAGAUAAGCGCUUUGUUCUCUUUAGUUAGGGCUAUUAUUUAUAUCUUGUUUAAAUAUUUAGAUGAACUCGCAUGUCCAGGUUUGCUGCAAGAGUGUUAAGAUGGUCAAUUUAUUUCAGUAGUUUCAGAUUCAGGUUUUUUUUUUUGUUUUUUGUUUUUUUAAUUUAAAUAUUGUUAAACCAUUUUUUUUUUUUUUCAUUAUGUAGCAGUAGUAGCCUAAACGCUGUAUUCCAGACCUCUUUCCAUGCUUUCAAAACUUAUAUUCUCAGAUUCGUUUUCUUUGAGUGCAGAUUGUGUACCAUAGUUGUUUAUAUUACCAGAGUUUUAUGGGGAAAAUCUAGAAUGUAACACUGAAGUAAAUAAACUGGUGGAAAAAAACAAAAACAAAACAAGUUUCAUGUGUAAUACUUCACGUUAUUAGAUGGGGAAAAUCAUUUGUUUGUCGGUGUCCUCUUUAUCCCUCUACAAGUAGAGAUUGUUCUAUACUGCAGAUAGAAUCAUAAUAUCGUGAACAGAUUUAGUUAAUUUUAAGUUGGCUACGACCAGGUUUUCCAGUAGCACUAAGUAUAGCGUUAAUAACAUGAAAGCCGCAGUCUUUCGAUAAUGAAUUUAUAUUUCAUCUUGCUUUUGCAUUAAUCGGGGAGAUAUACCUUACGAAAAUUAACCAUGGUUUGAAUAAAAAAAAUAAAAAAAUAAAAAAAUAAAAAACAUG